CCGGCUAGUUUUUUGACAAAUAAACAAGAUAGGUUCUUCUGUCAAUUUUAAAUAGUUUUUGAAAAACCUGCGUACCUUUAUCAUAAUUAUUCUUGAGAGACUUCUUAAAGGGCAAAGUCUCACUUAAAUAUCCAAGAACAGAAACGGUCAAGGUCCCUUUUAAAGGUGAAUUGGAAUAGAACAUUGAAAUAUGUCACCCCUCUGCUUGCAAGAUGUAAGUCUUUAGGAUAUCAUUAAUGUUCCACUUAAAGCCAUUGACAGAACCUUCUGGCAUCAGCAUGGAAGAGUUAAUUGAUGAAACUGUAACAGUUGAUCCUGAGCUAUUCAAAGUGUUUGGAGAACAACAGGACAUCCAUGUCUGUUCUGAAACCCUGGUCUAUCAAAACAAGACUAGUAUAGGGUUUCUGUAUGGAGGGAUUCCGGAGACGCUCGUGAUUAACAUCUGUGUGUGGCUGCUUCUGAUAUUGCUGUUUGCGAUUCUUCGUCGAGUUGCCUGGGAUUACGGGAAGAUAGCUCUUGUGACACGCCAGGAGAAAAACACAUUGCGAGAGCCACAAACUGUCAAUGAAUAUGGCGUCCAGGAAAACAAAUACAAUGUAUGGACGUCAUUGUUUUAUGGAGACCAAGAUGGUGUAUGUGACGUGGGGUCGGUAGAAUCCUUUGAUUCUCAGAUAUUUAAUCAAGACAGGGGCAUAUGCUCUUGGAUUAUGGCCUUCAUUAGAGUCAAGGAUUCCAACAUCGCCAAGAAGUGUGGUUAUGAUGCGGUGCAGUACCUGCAGUUCCAGCGCUAUAUCCUGUUGUACGUUCUGAUAGUGUGUAUCCUCUCCACUGCCAUCAUUAUACCGGUCAACUUUACUGGAUCCAACCAGGGUAAUGCCACCGAUUUGGGGCACACUACUAUCGCCAACCUCGAUUCUAAUUCCAACCUGCUGUGGGUGCAUGUGUUCCUGUGUCUAUUCUACCUCGGGCUGGCUAUUGGCUUCAUGAGGCACUUCUCCGUCAACUUGCGGUUCGAGGAUGAUGAAAUGGUGUCCAAGACUCUGAUGAUUGCUAACAUCCCCAAGGAGAAGUGUUUCAAGAACUUAAUAGUGCAACAUUUCCAUGAAGGGUAUCCUGAAGUGUCCGUUAGAGAUGUGACCUUUGCAUACAAUAUUGAAAAGCUUAUGGGCCUAAAUGCCAAAAGAAUGAGUGCACUAGAGUCACGCCUGAACUCGGAGCAGGAGCUCCAGAAGACUGGUCACCGGCCCACACUGAGUCCAUACUGCUGUGGACAACUCCUUUGCUGCGAAGAGACGUGUGGGUGUAGAGAGGUGGAUGCAAUCACAUACUAUGGAGAUGAGGAGACCAGUCUAGAGGCAGAGAUUGAGAAGGAGAAGGUGAUUGCCUACCAGAACAACCUUGGGGUGGCAUUUGUCACCUUUGAAAAUGUUGGAAUGGCGGAGAGAAUCCUGCAUGAUUUCCAGCCAUCAUGCAAGGCGUCCCAGAAUCCUCAGCCCUCUAGCAUACACUUGGAGUUGGAUGUUGUACAGUGGGAUGUAUCCUACGCACCAGCCCCUGAGAACAUUUACUGGGACAAGCUGACACAGUACGGCUGGCGCCUGUGGGUGAAGACCGUCCUCAUCAACUUCCUCGUCAUCAUCCUGCUCUUCUUCUUCACCACUCCGGCCAUCGUUCUCAACAACCUUGAUAAACUCAACUACAAGGAGUACAUUGAAAAAACUGGGAGUGCCGUGCUGAUCCAGUUUUUGCCCACCCUUCUCUUGUGGACCUUCACUGCCCUGCUGCCAAGUGUGGUGGCCUUUGCUGACAUGUUUGUGGGACACUGGACAAGGAGUUCCGAACAUCAUGCGGUGAUGCAGAAGACUUUUGUAUUCCUGCUCCUGAUGAUUCUCAUCCUACCUUCACUGGGCCUGACAAGUGCCAGUGCAUUGUUUAAUUUUUUCCUAAAGGACCACGGGAAGAACAUAAACUGGGGCUGCAUCUUCCUUUCUGGUAACGGCGCGUUCUUCAUCAACUACGUGAUCACGUCUGCGUUUAUUGGUACGGCCCUGGAACUACUUCGAUUCUCGGAACUCUUCAUGUAUGGCCUGAAGAUCCUCACUGCAAGAUCUUCCGCUGAGCGGACCUCUGUCAGAAAGCACGUGAUCUGGGAGUUCCAGUACGGUGUACAGUACGCCUGGUUUCUAUCGUUGUUUGCCAUCAUCAUGUCCUACAGCGUCUCCUGUCCCCUUAUAACUCCAUUCGGCCUGGUGUACAUGGUCUUCAAGCACCUUGUGGACCGAUACAACCUGUACUUCGCCUACAAGCCAUCAAAAAUCAGCCCCAACAUCCACUCAACUGCUGUCAACUACGUCAUCAUUGCUGUCAUCUUUCUGCAGUUCAACUUUGUGUUCUUCUCUGUUAUAAGAGGAAGCACGGAUCAACCCAUAUCCAUAUUUUCUGAUGCAAUCCUGUUUAUCAUUCUGGUUGUGUUCUUCGGGAAAGUGUGCUUUGGAUGCUUCCAGUCAAUCACUCCAUUUAACCCUAAUAGAUACCAGCAACUUGGAGAACAGACAGGUCUCUCAAACAAGAGGGAAGAUUCCAAUCAGCAAUUUGUGGCGAGUGUUUGA